AUGACCGUGACCGACCCUGCUCCGGCUGCAAAGGUCCCCGAGCCUGCCGCCGCCCAUGCCGUGGGAGCGACCGCCGAUAACGCCCAGGCCCCUUCCUCAUCCGCCCCCGCCCCCGCCCCCGCUGCCACCAAAUCAGAUGCGCCCGUUGCUAAUGCAAAGCCAUCCAGCAGCAUCCGUGCAUCCGACGAAAAGGGUACCUCGGACCGGAGUACAAAGCCCGCUCACAAGAAGAGGCGGAAACGUGGCGGCUUGGCCGGUAUCUUUGUCGCUCUUGGCUGCAUGUCGUCGGAUGAGUUUGACGACGUCCCACCAACCAAGGCGACCCAUGCUAGCGCCAACCGCAAUGCCGCUACUACUACUACUACAACUACUACUACUGCUGCUGCUGCUACAAACACCUCCCCCGCUGUUGCCAAGGACACGACCUCGACCUCCCUGGCCGCGCAACCAGCUUCCUCCACCGCCGCAGUCGCUGCUGGAGCCGCUGGUGUUGCAGGUGUCGCUGGUGCUACCGCUGCUGCGGCAGCCACCGCCAAGAAGGCUGACCCGACCACGUCCCCCGCCGCUACAGCCACCAAGUCCGACAGCCCUGCUGUUGCAGCAACUCCAGUCACGGGCAACGCUUCGAGCGCCGCUGUAGAGUCCCCUAUCACCCCAACGCGUGGUGACUCUGUCGUUUUGGGAGGUGGCGAGCCAACCACGCCGCCACUGGAAGAGACCGCAGGCCUCACCUCGGGCGCUGUCCAAGCGCCUGGCUCUGGUGGUGAAAUCCUCCACCAGCACAUGCUUCAUCGCUCCGAGUCUGAACAACAUUUGGCCGCGCACCAGGGUGAAGUGGGCAAGGCCGAGUCGAGCGGCGGCUUCACCGACUUGAGCGAGGACGGCAUCGACGAGAGCGGGCACCAGGAGAUGCUGUAUGGUGACGACGAGUACGAGGAUGACGAGGACCGUCUAAUUGCCCAGGGCGGUGUGGGCAUCCCGAUUGACGAGAACGGUAAUCCUGCACCGUUGUUGCCAGCCCUCAGCGGCAUCGACAAGGGGCGCAAGUGCCUCGUUCUCGAUCUCGAUGAGACGCUCUUGCACUCUAGCUUUAAGAUGCUCCCAUCUGCCGACUACAUUGUCCCUGUUGAAAUCGAGUCGCAGACGCACAACGUCUAUGUGAUCAAGCGCCCAGGCGUUGACCACUUCCUCACGGAGAUGGGCAAGAUUUACGAGGUUGUCGUCUUUACUGCUUCGCUGAGCAAGUACGCCGACCCUGUCCUCGACAUGCUCGACGUCGGCCGUGUCGUCCGCCAUCGUCUCUUCCGUGAGAGCUGCUACAACCACAAGGGCAACUAUGUCAAGGACUUGUCGCAGCUCGGCCGUGACAUUGACAAGACGAUCAUCAUUGACAACUCGCCCGCCUCGUACAUUUUCCACCCGAACAAUGCCGUCCCUGUCUCGACAUGGUUCAACGACCCACACGACACGGAGCUCACCGACCUGUGCCCCUUCCUGGCGGACCUUGCCGGUGUCGACGACGUGCGCGGUGUGCUUGACGGCGGCAUCUAG